GAACUCUCCGAGUGUUCGACUAAACGACACCAUUACUAUUUGUUUAGUCUUAGCAGUGGUAGUGUUCUAAUUGUAUACAUUAUAUACAUCUAUAAAUUAGAGUUUAGUGACUAGGAAGAGUUCAUGGAUCCACUUUGGAAUUCAUCAUUUUUCAGACCAGAGGCACGGACUUCGCCUGAAACUCGACUGUUAGGAUGGAACGUCCCGCCAAACGAUCUAAGAUAUAUCCACGAACAUUGGCUUGUAUACCCAGAACCACCAGCUUCCAUGCACUAUUUGUUGGCAAUAGUCUACAUGUUUUUCUUUUUCGCAUCCAUGAUUGGUAAUGGACUUGUGAUAUGGGUCUUUCUAAGUGCGAAAUCACUACGGACACCAUCCAAUGUUUUCGUUGUUAAUUUGGCCAUUUGUGACUUCUUGAUGAUGAUAAAAGCGCCAAUUUUUAUAUACAACUCAUUCCGGAAGGGUUUUGCUCUGGGACCCGGAGGAUGUCAGGUAUUCGCUUUUAUUGGAGCCAUGUCAGGAAUUGGAGCAGGAAUGACAAAUGCAUUUAUUGCAAGUGAUCGAUACAAUGUGAUUGCACGACCGCUGGAGGGAAAGCUAAGUCAUACCAAGGCUUUUUUGAUGGUGAUGCUAAUUUGGCUUUAUGCUACACCGUGGGCUGUUCUACCGCUAGUGGAGUUUUGGGGAAGAUUCGUACCAGAGGGUUACCUGACAUCAUGCACUUUCGACUACUUAACCGACAACUUCGACACAAAGCUGUUCGUAGGAUCGAUUUUCACCUGCAGCUACGUUAUCCCGAUGAUUAUGAUCAUCUAUUUCUACAGUCAGAUCGUGAGCCACGUCUUUAGUCAUGAAAAGGCACUCCGCGAACAGGCCAAAAAGAUGAAUGUAGAGUCACUGCGCUCAAACCAGGACAAAAAUAAACAAUCUGCUGAAAUACGGAUAGCAAAAGCUGCUAUAACUAUUUGCUUUUUGUUCGUCGCUUCGUGGACUCCUUAUGGCGUGAUGUCCUUAAUUGGGGCAUUCGGAGAUCGAAAUCUUCUUACACCCGGAGUCACAAUGAUUCCAGCUUGCACAUGCAAACUAGUGGCCUGUAUAGAUCCUUACGUGUACGCGAUAAGCCAUCCGAAAUACCGAAUUGAAUUGCAAAAGAGAUUACCAUGGCUGGCCAUCAAUGAGAAAGAACCCGAGACCGCGUCCACCAAUACAGCAACCACCGCUGAAAACAAUACAACGGCAGCGUAAAGUGUUGACUAAAUUUAGGUUGUAAAAGUUAUCUUUUAUCUAAUUGAAUAAUACAAUUUAGUAUAAACAAAUUAGUUUGUAAAAUGAUACGGAAGGAAACAACGACGACAUUUGCUUUGACAACGGAAUAUGAUAUACUACAAAUCUCACACAAACGACAAAUUCAAAUUUUUUGUAUUAUUUUGUAGCCUUUUUAUUUGAGCGAAUAAAGUUCUAGUCAUUAUUGCAACAAUUUAA